AUGGGCCAUGACACGCAGCGUGAGAUCGGACAUUCGCCUCCGUGCUCUCAUUUCCUACGCUACCUAUCUCCUCCAUUCUCCGCCGCGAUGGAUUCCUCUAAGAAUUCUCUGAUCCCCAGCUUCCUCUACGCCUCUUCUUCGUCGCCGAGAAGCUUUCUCCUCGACCAGGUGCUGAAUUCCAACUCCAACGCUGCAUUCGCCUCCGCCAAUCUCGAGAAAUCUCCUGCUCCGGCCGCGCGUUCCUCUCCGACGUCGAUGCUGUCUCAGAAGAAUUUCCUUAUCGCGUCUCCCACCGAGCCAGGGAAGAAGAUCGAGAUGUACUCACCUGCCUUCUACGCCGCCUGUACCUUCGGUGGAAUUCUCAGCUGUGGUCUGACUCACAUGACUGUUACACCUCUCGAUCUCGUCAAGUGCAAUAUGCAGAUUGAUCCAGCAAAGUACAAGAGCAUCUCGUCUGGUUUUGGGAUUUUGCUGAAGGAGCAAGGAGUCAAAGGGUUUUUCCGUGGAUGGGUUCCUACUCUUUUGGGUUACAGUGCUCAGGGUGCCUGCAAGUUUGGAUUCUACGAGUACUUCAAGAAAACAUACUCUGACCUUGCUGGACCUGAGUUCACUGCCAAAUACAAAACCCUCAUCUUCCUUGCUGGUUCUGCUUCUGCUGAGGUUAUCGCAGAUGUUGCUCUUUGCCCAUUUGAGGCUGUCAAGGUGCGUGUCCAGACGCAGCCUGGAUUUGCCAGGGGAAUGGCUGAUGGAUUUCCCAAGUUUGUCAAGGCCGAAGGAUUCGGAGGCUUGUAUAAGGGUCUUGUUCCACUCUGGGGACGUCAGAUUCCUUACACUAUGAUGAAGUUUGCUUCGUUUGAGACGAUUGUGGAGAUGAUCUACAAGUACGCAAUCCCCAACCCCAAGGACCAGUGCAGCAAAGGUCUGCAACUCGGUGUUAGUUUUGCAGGAGGUUACGUUGCUGGAGUGUUCUGUGCUAUCGUUUCUCAUCCAGCCGAUAAUCUAGUGUCUUUCCUCAACAACGCUAAGGGAGCAACCGUCGGAGAUGCGGUGAAGAAGAUAGGAAUGGUGGGACUGUUCACAAGAGGUCUUCCUCUGAGAAUUGUGAUGAUCGGGACAUUGACUGGAGCACAGUGGGGACUAUACGAUGCCUUCAAAGUGUUUGUUGGCCUGCCAACCACCGGUGGUGCUGCUCCAGUUGCAGCCAUCGAAGCUGCUGAAGCCAAAUGA